AUCAUAUGAUCAAUGCUGAAUUUCAUUCAAUCAUUCUGUCUUUGGGGCUAGUGCUAGUAGAAUUUAUUUUAUCGGCAACGGAGAGGGAAUAAUUAAAAACAAAAUGAAAGGGUGUAUAUUUAAUAUCGAUGGCGGGUAUUUGGAGGGGUUGUGCCGUGGAUUUAAAUGUGGGAUACUCAAGCAGUCUGACUACUUGAAUUUGGUUCAGUGCGAAACAUUGGAAGAUUUAAAGCUUCAUCUCCAAGGCACUGAUUAUGGGACUUUCCUCGCCAACGAGCCCAGCCCCCUCUCCGUUUCUACUAUUGAUGACAAGCUUCGUGAGAAACUUGUUAUUGAAUUUCAACAUCUCAGAAAUCACUCUGUGGAGCCCCUUUCUACAUUCCUGGAUUUUAUUACAUACAGUUACAUGAUUGACAACAUCAUCCUUUUGAUAACUGGAACUCUACACCAGAGACCAAUAUCAGAGUUGAUUCCUAAAUGUCAUCCUCUGGGAUCUUUUGAGCAGAUGGAAGCCAUUCACGUUGCUGCUACUCCUGCUGAGCUGUACAACGCCGUAUUGGUAGAUACACCUUUGGCACCAUUCUUUGUUGAUUGUAUCAGCGAGCAGGAUUUGGAUGAGAUGAACAUUGAAAUCAUACGCAACACUCUGUACAAGGCUUACUUGGAAGCUUUCUAUGACUUCUGUAAACAAAUUGGCGACACCACAGCAGAUGUUAUGUGUGAGAUCUUGGCAUUCGAAGCUGAUCGUCGUGCCAUUAUAAUCACUAUAAAUUCAUUUGGAACAGAACUAUCCAAAGAUGACCGUGCCAAGCUUUACCCUCGUUGUGGUAAAUUGAAUCCAGAUGGGUUAGCUGCUCUAGCUCGUGCUGAUGAUUAUGAGCAAGUGAAAGCCGUGGCAGAGUAUUAUGCAGAAUAUGCAGUUCUGUUCGAAGGAGCUGGAAAUAAUGUGGGUGACAAAACUUUGGAGGACAAGUUCUUUGAGCAUGAGGUAAAACUUAAUGUCAAUGCUUUCAUGCAACAGUUCCACUUUGGAGUCUUUUAUUCAUACCUGAAGCUGAAAGAGCAAGAAUGCCGAAACAUUGUAUGGAUAAGCGAGUGUGUGGCUCAGAAGCACCGUGCUAAGAUCGACAACUACAUUCCGAUAUUCUAAGAUGUGAAUCCAAGCCUAAAAUUAUUUCUGAGUUGUGUAAAUAUUCCACAAUCAAAAAAAUGGUAAAUGACAAAGAAAUUUAAAUAAAAAGUAUUACUUUGGGUUAAAUACAAAUACUAUGUAAUAAUAUCGUAGUUUAAAAAUGUUAUUGGAAAAUAAAAUUAUCUAGAAUUAUUGAAA